GCGAAAGCCUUCGACAAUAGAUUAAGAUGGGGUUUAUUUAACAGGGCAAAGCUGACCGUUUUAUUUUCAGUCCUAAUUUUUUUGGCCUCUGCUGUGUUCCAGGAAGAAGAUGAAAGGCUCGAGGUGCGUAACGGUGGCCACCGCUCUGCUGACGCUGGUUGCCCUCAAAGCCUACAUUGAGUGGUCCGCGGAACAGGAGGAGCGAUUCCCGACCCCUCACGAGGCCAACUGGCGAACCAGCGCUUUCACGCCUGUCCAGGCCACGGUUGAAGAUGCCGUGGCGGAAGCCCCUCUCCGCUUCAACGCGUCCCUACAGCAGCUGCGCCAGAGCAUCCAGAAAUCCAGCGCCUACUGGAACAGGAAGCAGCACCAGAUCUUCCAAGCGCUGGACGCCGGGUGGAAGAAUGCCUCCGCGCAUAAAUGCGACAGGCCGAGAGAUGCGGAAAGGGUGAGCAACUUUGGGACCUAUUCACAGCUUUAUAGGGACUUUAUCUUGUACGACGAAUGCCGGAGCUUUCCGCUGUUGAUCGACCAGCCGUCGAAAUGCUCCUGCAGCAAGAACAGCACGUUUCUGCUCCUGGCUAUCAAAUCUUUGCCGGGGAACUUCGCCGCCCGUCAGGCGGUGCGGGACUCCUGGGGACAAGAAGGGGAGCACGACGGGUUACCGGUGCGAACUGUCUUCUUGAUGGGAACCGCCAAGGGGCGGCACGGGCCCAACCUGCAGCGCAUGGUGGAGUACGAGAGCCAGACAUUUGGGGACAUCUUGAUGUGGGACUUUGAAGACACCUUCUUCAACUUAACGCUGAAGGACUUCCUCUUCCUCAACUGGACACUGGAGCGCUGCCGGGACGUCCGCUUUAUUCUCAAAGGGGACGACGACGUGUUCAUCAACACGCCAAAGGUCGUGGACUACCUGAGCUCUUUGGACAACCGGAAGCCGAUCUACGUGGGCCAAGUGAUGGCCAACGCCUCGCCAUUCCGGGUCCGCAAGAGCAAGUACUACGUGCCCGAGUCGUACUACGUGGGGCCCUAUCCGGCUUACGCGGGAGGCGGGGGCUACAUCUUCUCAGGCAUGCUGGCCCCGUGGCUCCACGCCAUCUCUCAAUACAUACCCUUUUACCCGAUCGAUGACGUUUACACGGGGCUGUGUUUCCAAGCCCUGGGGAUCCGCCCCGAAGCGCACGCCGGCUUCCAGACGUUUGAUAUCGCAGAGAAGGACCGCGAGAACCCCUGCGUGCACAGAGAAUUGCUCUUGGUCCACCAGCGCAGUCCGCAUCAGACCCUCCACCUCUGGAAACAAAUCAGGGACCCCAGCCUCACGUGUUGAGAGACCCAGAAACAAUUCGGCCUCUUUCCGUUGAGGUCCCGGGUCCUUGUUGAGGGGGUAGGAUGGGACAUCCUUUGCGGCUGGACACUGGCGUCUCCUGCAGGGGAGAGCAUGGCCUCCUGGCCAACUCUGCGCAUAGAGGCCGGGUGCUUCUGAAUCCCAGCUCCUGGGGGGGAAGGCAAGAGCUGCCCGCUUUCUUGCUUCCAGACGCAUCUGCCGGCUGGCGUUGGAAACAGACCCUUGUAGUAGAUAAACUGGGGUCUGAUCCUUUUAUGUCAAGGGCAUCACCAAGCUGCUGAGCAGUAGGUGGAGAGGGGGAAAGGUCGCAGGCCACCAUUCAGUUCCAUCUAGUGGGCAAGUGACGGGCAACCUCCCGAAUUCCAGGUACAGGAGAUGGGGUACUCUGUCCAUUGGGGUGGAUGGAAAGGGGUAACAGAGUAACAGAGCCCAUUAUAAAGGCCUUGGUCCGGUCCCUGACAACUGCGGUUGAAGUGAACCUCAAGUCGCAAGACUGGGAAAAACGCCCAGCCUGCGAACACAAAGAAGAGAAGAAGAAUUUGGAUUUAUAUCCCCCCUUUCUCUCCUGCAGGAGACUCAAAGGGGCUUACAAUCUCCUUGCCCUUCCCC